AAACUUGACCAGAAAUUGUACGUUCUUUGCGACUUUACGAUGACACUCCUGAGAAAUCGCUACCGUAGCCGCAGUGCAUCACCUCAGAGCGUAACUGCGGGACAACUCCCCGAAGCGCUGUUCGAAAUCGAUCAGAAAAUGUACGACCACGAAGUUCAAACAUAUUUCUCAACCCCACUGACUGUUAAUCGUAAAGCUGAUGGAACGGUACGAGUGUGGAUAGAAUCAGAAGAGCGGAGUGUGUCUGGAGAAUCGCAAGUUCCGGGCAGCAAUAAGAAGCGUGCGAAACGGUCACGCGCACGGACCUCUGGCCGUAAGCGACUAUCGAAUGCAUCUCGCUCGGGAGAUUCCACUCCGGAAAAAGAGGAGACUGACGGUGAAUAAUUUUCUUUAUUUCCUCUUAACUGUUUUUAUUUGCUGAUUGUUUGUUUGUCAUCAUUAACCGUGCUUUCUAAUUUGAAUGUUGCUCAUUAAAGGUUAACUGAUGUUUUGUCUAGACUGGUUAUUGAACUGAUCACGGUUUGACGCAUGCAUGAUAUCUAAUCCGGUUUUAUUGAACUUUCUGUAUUCUGUGCACGUCCAGUGCGGUUUAGCAUAAUUGAAAUGAGCUUAAAAAAGUUUCU